AUGACGUGUGUGGCUUUGCGUCGAUGGAGCGGUGCUUUGCGAGCUCGCAAACAAUCUCCGGUGUCAUCAACACCUCCGUGUGCGCGGAGGUGGAGCGGACGCGACAGCAGUGACAAGAGUGACAGGGACUGCAAAUUGCGGCGGCAGGCCGAGACGUUGUUGGACACGCUGCAGGAAACAACGACGUCGAAGCUUCCGUCCUGCUUGCUGCUUACCCGUGGAAAGUUUCGCUGCUGCAGCACCCCGAUUGUCGAUAAUGCCGCACCGGAACGCGCGCCAUCGGCGCAUCACUGGCAGAAGGAGAGCAAGAGCGCAAAGGUGUGA